CAGCCAAUCGGGAGACACCUCGAGGAAAAGCAAGGUACGGUUGUACAAGCGUUAGCUAGCUUAAUUGUUACUGCUGCUAAACACAAGCAGGAGUUUGGUACAGUGUAUUUCAGAGUGUUCAGGUAAAGUUUCCUCAAUAUAAACACCGGUUUACAUACACAGCUCUAACUGGGGAUAGUAUGGACAAGUCAAACACAGUUACUUGCACCGCUCCUGUGAACAUAGCUGUCAUCAAAUACUGGGGAAAGAGAGAUGAAGAAUUAAUUCUACCCAUUAACUCAUCGUUGAGCGUCACAUUGCAUCAAGACCAGCUGAAAACAACUACAACAGUUGCAACCAGCAGAUCAUUUCAGGAAGAUCGAAUAUGGCUAAAUGGCAAAGAAGAGGACAUAACCCAUCCUAGACUACAGUCCUGUCUGAGAGAGAUUCGACGACUAGCAAGGAAGAGAAGUAAUGACGGGGACCCUGCUUUGGAUUCAACUUGUUUGUCUCACAAAGUCCACAUCUGCUCUGUGAACAACUUCCCCACUGCUGCCGGGCUCGCCUCCUCAGCUGCUGGCUUCGCUUGUCUAGUUUACACUCUGGCUCGGGUGUUUGGCGUAGAAGGGGAGUUGUCGGCCAUUGCUCGGCAAGGCUCAGGCAGCGCAUGCCGUAGUAUGUAUGGAGGGUUCGUCCAAUGGAUCAUGGGACAGAAAGACGAUGGCAAGGACAGUCUAGCCCAGCAGGUGGAGCCGGAGACUCAUUGGCCUGAGCUCAGAGUCCUUGUACUAGUGGCCAGUGCUGAGAGGAAGCCGGUGGGCAGCACCUCUGGGAUGCAAACCAGUGUACAAACAAGCUGUCUCUUAAAGCACCGGGCCGAGUCUGUCGUCCCAGGCCGGAUGGCAGAGAUGAUUGAAGCGGUGCGAAGAAAGGACUUUGCUGCAUUUGCUGAACUAACCAUGAAGGACAGUAACCAGUUCCAUGCAACCUGCCUUGACACAUACCCUCCCAUCUUCUACCUCAACAGUGUGUCUCAACAGGUUAUCAAUUUGGUGCAUCGGUAUAACAGACACUACGGGGAGACAAGGUUGGCCUACACAUUUGAUGCAGGACCAAACGCUGUGAUCUACACUCUACAGCAGCAUGUUCCUGAGUUUGUUCAGGCCGUUGAACAUUUCUUCCCCCCAGAGACAAACAGAGGACAGUUUAUUACGGGUCUUCCAGUUAACCGUGUUGCUCUUUCUGAGGAGCUGAAACAGGCAGUUGGUCUAGAGCCCAUGCCAAAGGGAAUAAGCUACAUUAUUAGUACCAAGGCUGGACCAGGCCCUCGUGUUGUGGAGGAUCCCACUCAGCAUCUACUUGGAUCUGAUGGGUUGCCUAAGAAAACGGUGUGAUGCCCUGCAGC